AUGGUCAGCAACUUCGCUUCACAGUCUGUAGACCCCACGAUCACGGGAUAUACAGUGCGGGACCUGAGGUUCCCCACGUCGCUGGACAGCAUUGGCUCGGACCCGAUGAACACUUCUGGCGAGAACGCCCACGGAUACAUUGUGUACCACACGGACGUCCCAGGCCUUGAGGGCAUCGGAUGGUCCUUUAGCAAUGGCCAGGGCAACGAAGUGUUGUGCGCUGGAAUUCGAUGCUUGGCUCCUCGUUUUGUGGGCCGCAAGCUUUCGAGCCUCACAUCUGACUUUGCUCAAACGCACCGCAACUUUCUUGGUGGCCAGACGAGGUUCAUGUCGCCCGAGCUCGCCUCGAACGCCAUCCUCAACGCCGUUUGGGACAUGUGGGCCAAGGUCGAGGGCAAACCACUCUGGAAACUCAUUGCCGAUUUCACCCCGGAGCAGCUUGUCAGCGUCAUCGACUUCCGCUACAUUACGGAUGAGUUGACCCCUGAGCAAGCUUUGGCUUGGUUGAAGGAGAAGGAGAAGACCAAGCAGGAGCGUCUUGACCUGGCCUUGAAGAACCAGGCGGUUCCUGGGUACAACACCAGUGUUGGAUGGCUUGGACUGUCUGAUGCCGAGGUCGAGGCUGGGCUGAAGAAGGCUGUCGACGAGGGAUUUAAGCACUUCAAACUCAAGGUCGGGCUGGGCCUGGAAACCGACCGCAAACGCCUGGGCAUGGUUCGCAAGGUUGCCGGUGAAGAUGCCGUCAUCAUGACCGAUGUAAACCAGCUGUGGGACAUUGACUUCGCCAUCGAGUACAUGCCCAAGCUCGCAGACUUGAAGCUGUGGUUCAUCGAGGAGCCGACCUCUCCAGACGAUAUCCUCGGCCACGCCCGUAUCCGCAAGGCCCUCAAGCCGCACGGUAUCGGUGUUGCCACUGGCGAGCAUGUCAACAACCGUGUCAUGUUCAAGCAGCUGCUGCAAGCCGAGGCUAUCGAUGCCGUUCAGCUCGAUGCCCUCCGCCUCUCAGGCAUCAACGAGAUCCUCUCCGUCUGCCUUCUCGCCGCCAAGUUUGGUGUUCCAGUCGUGCCCCACUCGGGCGGUACUGGUAUGCCCGAGCUCUGCAACCACAUCUCCCACUUUGACUUUGUGGCCAUCUCGGGCAAGCAGUCCAUCCUUGAAUACACCGACCACUGCCACGAGUACUUUACCGACCCCGCCGCGUUUAGCAGUGGCCACUUCCACGCUCCCACGGCACCUGGAUAUUCGUGCCAGAUCACGGACGAAGCGUUUGCCAAGUUUGAGUGCCCCCAAGGCAGCUUCUGGCAGAGCGAGAAGGGUCAGUUGAUGCUCAAUGACCCCUGGAGGGGCUGUGCUGCCGAGCAGACGAGCCCCAUGAAGUGA